AUGGGUCCCAAGGCUGGCUGCGAUACGCUCCUAUCCCAGACGGGCCAUGAGCUCCAAAAGGGCAUCUUGGGCAUCACCGGUACCCAGCUCAACCUGAGCACUACACCAUCAGACAGUGAUGCAGCCAUCAUUGUUGGCAUCGAAGAUGCGUACUUCAAUGAAUAUGGCAAUCUUAAUGAAAACGAAUACAUGGAAAUGGACGGAUUUUUCCUUAGCAUGAGUCCAGAGAAGGUCAUCAUUGUAGGGCAGAAUGAGCGCGGUGCCCUGUAUGGUGCUUUUGAAUACCUCUCCCAACUCGCGCAAAACAACGUCACGUACGGUUCCAAGGUCUACAAUCCGCAGGUGCCUAUCCGAUGGACAAAUGAGUGGGACAACAUGGAUGGAAGUAUCGAACACGAGUUUGCUGGCCCUUCAAUAUUCUUCCGCGAUGGCUAUGUGAUCGACAACACUACCCGCAUCGCCGAGUACGCGCGUUUGCUUGCUUCCGUCGGUGUCAAUGGCGUAAUAAUCAACAAUGUCAACGCAAACGCUACUUUGCUCAGCGACCGAAAUGUCAAGGGUCUUGGCAGAGUGGCUGAUGCUAUGAGGCCGUAUGGAGUCCAGAUUGGAAUUUCGCUCAACUUUGCGUCCCCAAACCAGUCGCUGGGCACUUUCGAUCCGUUGGACCCCAAAGUGGAUGCAUGGUGGGCGAACAUUACCGAACAAAUAUACUCCAACGUCCCAGAUUUUGCCGGUUAUCUCGUCAAGGCCAACAGUGAGGGCCAGCCUGGACCGUUGACGUACAACCGGACGCUCGCAGAUGGUGCCAACAUGUUUGCAAGGGCUCUGGAGCCUCACGGCGGUGUGGUCAUGUUCCGCGCUUUUGUGUACGACAACCAUAUCAACGAAUCAAACUGGCGCGAUGAUCGUGCAAACGCGCAAGUCCAGUUCUUCCAGGACCUCGACGGCAAAUUCAACGAGAACGUUGUGGUUCAGAUCAAGUUUGGCCCAAUCGACUUUCAGGUCCGUGAGCCAGCUUCGCCGUUAUUUGGGUCUCUCCGUUAUACGAGUACGGCUUUCGAGGUUCAAAUCAGCCCAGAGUAUCUUGGCCAAAAUUGCCAUUUGAUGUACCUCGCACCACAGUGGAAAGAGAUUCUUGAGUUUGAUAUGCGGUCAGACAAUCGUUCGUCCAAGGUGAAGGACAUCAUUACCGGCAAGCGGUUCAAGCGACCUCUGGGCGGGUAUGCCGGUGUAUCAAAUGUUGGAUCCGAUACGAAUUGGUUGGGCAGCCAUCUUGCAAUGUCCAAUCUCUAUGCUUUUGGAAGAUUAGCCUGGGAUGCAUCGGUCGACUCUGAGACGAUCUUGCAAGAUUGGAUCCGUCUCACGUUUGGCUUUGAUGAGCAUGUCAUGGAUACCGUUACUGAUAUGUCAAUGAAGUCUUGGCCCGCAUAUGAAAACUAUAGCGGUAAUCUCGGCAUUCAAACCUUGACCGACAUCCUCUACACGCAUUUCGGACCGAAUCCAGCUUCUCAGGACAAUAAUGGUUGGGGACAGUGGACACGCGCCGAUGCUUUCAGCAUCGGAAUGGACCGCACGGUGAAGAAUGGAACUGGCAACGCUGGUCUAUACCCACCCGAGGUCGCUAAGAUAUAUGACAACAUCGACCAGACUCCCGAUAACCUGUUGCUGUGGUUCCAUCACGUACCUUAUACCCAGAAACUCAAGUCUGGUAAGACUGUCAUCCAGCACUUCUACGAUGCUCACUACGAGGGAGCUGCUACUGCUCAGGAGUUUGUGAAGCAAUGGGAGUUUCUGCGGGGUAAGAUCGACGACGAGCGCUUCGACCAUGUCUUGUACAGACAGAUCUACCAAGCUGGCCAUUCGCUCGUUUGGCGCGACGCCAUCAACGAAUUCUACCAUAACCUCUCAGGGAUCCCAGACGAGACCAAACGUGUUGGUAAUCACCCGUAUCGUAUCGAGGCUGAGAGCAUGACGCUAAAUGGCUACAAGCCUGUUGCCUUAAAACCCUUCGAAACGGCUUCUGGAUACAAAGCGAUCGUGACCAUAACGAACAAUACUAUGGGUAUUGCAUCUACCAAGGUCGCAUUCGCCAGUGGAACGUACGACAUAGCAGUCAACUAUUUUGAUUUUAUCGGUGGGAAGGCCAGGUACAGACUCGAGCUUGGCAAUCGGACAGUAGGUAGUUGGAUUGGCGAUACGGAGGACAAGCUGGGUCACACACCGUCGAUAUAUCUCGAUGGCCAUUCCGCGACACGUAUCACGUUCCAGGGUGUUGAAGUUGAGCAAGGAGAGGAGGUGCGAAUCAUGGGUCAGGCGGAUGGCAUGGAGCCGGCGCCCAUUGACUAUUUGUCCUUUUUGCCUCCAGGAAUCGUCGAUUAA